UUAGUGAGCCUACACCUGCAUUUGUGUUCGUAGUAGCCAUUGCUCUUUAUCUGUUUUGGAAGUGCGCGAGUGAUUGCUCUCUGGCCGCAGGGCGAGGGUGUGCCUGCCUGCCUGGCAUUUUCUCUGUGCAGGCUGUAUUACUCGGUAGGCUAGGAGUUUCUACACCGGUGUGGGUGAGAGCGCGUCAUUGUGUUGGUGGACUCCUUCCUCCGGCUCGCUUGUUACUAGUGUGUGUGUGUGGUGGAAGUUCAGCCGAGCGUGCUGCGGGGGCCCCGGCCAGGCGGAAGUGACGGCCGCUUCACCUGCUGGGCUGUGAGGGGAAAGAAGAGAAGAGGAGGCGCGGAGUGUCCGUUGGGAAUUCACUCAGGAGUCUCUUUGGCUGCCGCUCGUUGCUUUCCUCGCCAUGAAGUCGUCGCCGCCGCUACUAUUACUGCUGCACUUGUUCGGGAGUCUCCUCUUCUUCUGCGCAGCAUGGUACCUCAACAGCUUUUUCCACUCUGAUUGCUAUGCUUCAAGUUUCAAACUUGCAGGUCAACAUCCUGAAAUUCAGAGCCUGAAAAAAAUCCACCUGAGGAAUGCAGGACCUAAGUGAAGGUGUGUCAAUUUCUAGAGAACAAACUAUGGAGACAAAGGCUCAAGGAGAAAAAGUUAACCUGCUGUGCAUAUUUACUGUUGAUUCAGGAGAUGUAGGCCCACUUGACAUUGAAUGGGUCAUAGUGCAACCUAAUGGGGAAGAAAUAGUAAUUAUGUACAAUGCAGACAGGGUUUAUGAUUCAUACGGUAUGAGUGGACGGGUACAGUUUGUUAAUCAAAAUCCGGCUGCUGGAGAUGGUAGCAUUGAAAUCCUGAAUUUACAGCCAACAGACACUGGCACGUACCAGUGUAAAGUGAAGAAGCUUCCUGGUUUUCAGAUCCAUAGAGUUCAACUGACUGUACUUGCAAAGCCCUCAAAGACUAAGUGCUCCGUCCAUGGAUCCCAGGAAAUUGGAAGUGAUGUUACUCUGAAAUGUAUAUCUCAAGAAGGUUCUCCCAUCAUAAAUUAUGAGUGGAAGAAAACCACUGGUACAGAAGAACUUCCAACCACAUCAUUGCUGAAUGGAGAUACUGGUGACCUUUUGCUGAAAAACGCUUCUCAAGCUUACUCUGGAACAUAUAGAUGCACAGCUUCAAACAAAGUUGGACAUGAUGAUUGUUUUCUUCUGCUGAAUGUCACACCACCUACAAAUAGAGCUGGUACAAUUGCUGGCGCUAUCAUAGGGACUCUACUGGGACUCUUGUUACUGGCAUUUUUCAUCUUCUGUUGCUGCAAGAAACAAAGAGAGAAGAAAUAUGAAAAAGAAGUACACCAUGAUAUCAGAGAGGAUGUUCCUCCUCCAAAGAGUCGAGCUUCAACGGCCCGGAGCUAUAUAGGAAGUAAUCGUUCUUCUCUUGGCUCAAUGUCUCCUUCUAAUAUGGAUGGGUAUGCCAAAACUCAAUACAACAAAGUACCAAGUGAAGACUUUGAACGCACUCCUACUCAAAACCCAAACUUUCAACCACCAAAGCUGAUUGUACAUCAACGUUUCUAUUAUAAAAUACCUUGGUGCCUGACCACUUUCCUUAAGGGUGCUACAGAUGAAGGUAUAGCAGAACACUGUGACUUUAUUCCUUCUUACUUGAUGAGUUGAUUUUCCCCGCAAAGUGUUGGAUAUAGUGUCCUAUAUUUCAGAAUGGCUCCUUCUUGCUGCCUGUGUUUGAUAACUUCAUUGAAUUUGAACAAAUUUCAUAGAAAACUGAAUUAUUUCCCACAUUGUAUCAGACAGAUGGCUAAUUAGGACUUUGAUUACUGAUUCUGAAAAGAGUAAUAAAAACAUUAAAAAAUUAAACCUGAGAUAUGAAAGGCAUUGGCGUUAAUAUUUAUUGUACAAUAAAUAUUGUCCUCUUGUUUUUGUGUUCUUGGAGCCAGUUCUUAUUCAUGCUAUGUAGAAUAAGGUAGAUUGUAGUGGUAGUAUUCUUAACUUGAGUACAUAUAGAGCAUUCCAUUUUCCUAUGUGCAAGCCCCUAUGUGAUAAACUAACCCAUCAGUGGGUAUACAGUUCUAAAUUUCUCCCUGGAUAUGCUAGUUUGCUACAUAUACAGUACUGAACUUUUUUUAGAGGUUUGCAGAUAAUUAUUUUUGUAUUUAAAUACUCCCCAUCAUACAAUUGAAGUGGUAAAGUCUAGCAUUCUACCACAUGUUUUGUAGACUAAAUUGGCUUUAAACACUUUAAAAAGUACUAAGCUGAACAUUUGAUUAAUAUGAAGUGUACUCAUGUAGCACACUGUCCAUACACACUCAUAGUACAAACAGGCAAAAUGCAUAAUUGUGGAAUACUACUGCAGUCAGAAGAAUUUCUACAUAUUAAAUAACUUGUCAGCUCAUAUGAAAAGAAUAAAUGGAUAGAAUGAAGGAUAGCACGAUGUGCCUUCAGAGCAUAGCUCUUAGGCUUUGGAGCCUUGACAAUGUCUGCUUGUUUAUAAAACUGCUGGGAAAUUGCAGUAAUAGGAACUGACAUAGCAGAUCCAUAUAUUUUAGGUAAGAACUGACUUGGGACAGACUUUGCUCUAAGCACUUAACUUCUAGACCCUUCUGAAUGACUAAAACACUAGUCUGAAGGACACUACUAUUAUAGACGUGAUAAGAUCCCAAAAUGUCGUCUUUGGUAAAUGUCAGAUUCUCGUUGGGCUGUGUGUGCUCCACCUGCUAGUGCAUUGAUGCAAAGGGGUACGUCUUGUACUUUGGGAACAAAAAAUAUGUGUUCCGGGAGGACAGUGUUUACACUACUCUGUUGUGCCAGUAGUAGUGGUAGUUGGGUGACCUAUUAAUGGUACUGAUUGCUGGAGCGCUUGUGAUGCUGCUGCACAAGGGAGUGGAAGGUGAGCUAGUGCGUAGGAAUAAUGAUAAGUUCUGCUAAUUUGUGAGUUUGACUAUGUUUCAUUAAAAGAAACAUAGGACUAACGAAGUCUGGCUAUUUAGAAGAAAAGUUAAUGGUAUCCAGUUGCAUCAGGGAAAAGUGUGGGCUUUACAUUCCCGUUAUUGUGGUUAAAGGCCUCAUAUAUGACAGGGUGAUAAUGCUUCUCAUUCGAUCUAAUUUCUUAAUUUGGGGCAGAAAGCAGUUAAGUAAACAAAUUCAUAUCAAUAAUAAAAUACCUUAUUGUAAGGAAUUGAAUGAUAUAUUGGUUUCACAUGUUUUCAGAUGGCAAAUUCAUUAAUUUAAUAGGCUUUCUAAAAUAUGUUUGACUUCCAAAGAAAUGUGUGUUGAUUUUUAACGAUAUUUAGAUCAUUUUUCUUAAGUUGCACUCCAUCAUAUUGACACCUUAUUUACAAUUCGUUGACAAAGCAGCUAAAUUUUAAAGUUUUAAAAAAUCCUUGUUGUAUCUGAGCCGUUUUUACCAUUAUUCAGAUAACCUUUACAUUGUAUCUUGUAUAAAGGAAUCUUUUUAUCUUUCUUAAAUGAACUAUUUUAGAAGGCAAGGGAAUAAAAGUUGUCAUCGUUAACUUGGAUAUUUUACAUUGUAUUCAUUAUUAGGGACUCAGACCCCUCAGUGUUAGUGUACAACUCGGCAAUUGAAGCAAUAAUACAAGACACACAUGACACACCUUUGUAGGAUUUGGCAAUGAAUGCAGUUUGUAUGCCAUCUUUGUUUCAUAUUUUUUUGAAGAACAAACCUGAUCUGUGUAGGAGAACUCCAAAUUGCUGUAGUUUGAUGUGUGUAUGUAUUGAAAUAAAGUUAUAGCAAAAACCA